AUCAGAAUUUCAUAAUCAUGGCAACUUAUUCAUCUGAUUCUGAUAAUGAUUUUGCACCUACAUCAAAACUCUUAGGCCGCCAAAGGCCUAUUCAUUCUGUUUUAGGAGGAGGAAAAGUUGCGGACAUAUUGUUAUGGAGAGACAAGAGAUUUUCAGGCGCGAUUCUUAUCGCAGUUGCAGUAAUAUGGUUUCUUUUUGAAGUUGUGGAUUAUACCUUUGUGACUCUGCUUUGUCAUGUUUCCAUCACCACUAUGUUAAUUGUCUUCAUCUGGUCUGCUGGUGCUGAUAUGUUUGGCUGGACACCUCCAAGCAUUCCCAAAGACAUAUUACAAGAUACUUCAUUUGUUGAAGUUGCUUCAAUAUUACACAAGAAGUUCAACAAUUUCCUCUCCAUAUGUCACUUUGUAGCAUGUGGAAAUGAUGCAAAAUCCUUCUUUUUGGCCAUCAUUUCUCUCUAUUUAUUAUCAGUGAUUGGAAACUAUAUCAGCACUUUGAACCUUUUGUUCUUUGGCUUGUUGUGUGUGGAAACUCUCCCAUUUCUUUACGAGCGAUACGAGGAAGAAGUCGACUAUGUUGCAUAUAAAAUGAAGAGACAAAUGAGAAAAACUUACAGGAAGUUCAAUGCAGAUUUUCUAGGAAAAAUUCCCAGAGGACCAACCAAAGAGAAAAAGGGUAAAUAAGUUGGAAGCACAAAACAUGGAAGUGGACUAAUGUUGUUUUGUUGGAUAUCCAAAAUAAUGUACUAGUAAUUUGCAAUUUG